AUGAACCUGCAAGAUGAUGAUGUGUGCUCCUACUACGACAACCACAGAUCCAUUUUCUACAACAGCUCCUACUACGACAACCACAACUGCAGCCCCUACUACAACAACCACAACUACAACUCCUACUACGACAACCACAACUACAGCUCCUACUACAACAACCACAACUACAACUCCUACUACAACAACCACAACUGCAGCUCCUACUACAACAACCACAACUGCAGCUCCUACUACAACAACCACAACUGCAGCUCCUACUACAACAACCACAACUACAACUCCUACUACAACAACCACAACUGCAGCUCCUACUACAACAACCACAACUGCAGCUCCUACUACAACAACCACAACUGCAGCUCCUACUACAACAACCACAACUGCAGCUCCUACUACAACAACCACAACUACAACUCCUACUACAACAACCACAACUGCAGCUCCUACUACAACAACCACAACUGCAGCUCCUACUACAACAACCACAUCUACAGUUCCUACUACAACAACCACAACUACAGCUCCUACAACCACAACUGCAGCUCCUACUACAACAACCACAACUGCAGCUCCUACUACGACAACCACAACUACAGUUCCUACUACAACAACCACAGCUCCUACUACGACAACCACAACUGCAGCUCCUACUACAACAACCACAACUACAGCUCCUACUACCACAAUCACAACUGCAGCUCCUACUACAACAACCAUAACUACAGCUCCAACUACAACAACCACAACUGUAGCUCUAAUCACAACAACUGUAGCUCCUACUAUGACAACUACAGCUCCUAAUAAAACAACCACAUCUCCUAAUAAAACAACCACAUCUCCUACUACAAAAACUGCAGCUCCUAAUACAACAACUGCAGCUCUUAAUACAACAACUACAGCUCCUACUACAACACCUACAGCUCCUACUACAACAACUACAGCUCCUAAUACAACAACUGCAGUUCUUACUACAACAAGUACAGCUCCUAAUACAACAACUACAGUUCCUAAUACAACAACUGCAGCUCCUACUACCUCAACUACAGCUCCUAAUACAACAAUUGCUGUUCUUACUACAACAAUUACAGUUCCUACUACAACACCUACAGCUCCUAAUACAACAACUGCAGCUCCUAAUACAACAACUGCAGCUCUUAAUACAACAAUUACAGCUCCUAAUACAACUGCAGCUCCUACUACAACAACUGCAGCUCCUAAUACAACAACUGCAACUCUUACUACAACAACUACAGCUCCUAAUACAACAACCACUACUGAGCUACCAGACACUACACAAAUGAGCACUAUAACUCCACCUGCAGGACAGUACACCAUGCAUAGUAGGUCUGGAUAUAAGUUGGUACUGAGGGUGAAAUUUACCAUGACAACAGACCUUACCGAUACUGAAAUCUUGAAGCAGCUUCAGUGGGAACUGAUCAGACGAGGGAUGCCAGAGACCUUUACACUGCAUAUGAGAAUAAUUUCUGGACAGAAUACAAAGAGAGUUACAAACCUUAAUGACGAUGGCCUGUUGGGGGAGGCUUAUGAACCCCAUGUCAUAUCACUUAAUCCGGCAUAGCAAAGACACGACAACAGAUACCUUACAAUAGAUUACCCUCAAGAUUACACUCUUACCCCAUGUCCUGCCGUAACUGGACCUAAUGUAUUAGGCAACUAAAUAUCUAUAGUACCUUCAGAAAGUUCACACCUCUUGACUUGUCUCACAUUUUAUGUUACAAAGUGUCAUUAAAAAUUAUUGCAUUGUAUUGUUUUGUCAACGAUCUACACAAAAUACUCUGUAAUGUGGAGAGAAAAAGUGGAAGUGGACAUUUUUUUCAAACAUUUGUAAAUUAAAUAUGAUGUAUUAAUCAACAGUCA